UUUCAAAAUUAGCAUAUAGUAUAAUUUCAUCUAGAAAUUAAUUGUUCACAAUGCAAAUCUUUUACUUCCUGGUCAUUUUGACCACUUCUUUUGCUCUACCGUUUUCAGGAGAACUUAACGAUGAUUCAAUUGAAAUCUCUGAAAGUGAGAGGAAAGAAACAAUUGCAGCCAUGAGAAAUCCAGAUUUAUUUGAUGGAGAUAUGCUUGGAGUUAACGAAAUGUUCAAUGCAGACAGAGGUGGUAUACGAGGAAAAGAGUACAAGUGGCGCAAUGCAACAAUACCAUAUGUAAUAGCAGAGGAUAUUGAUGAUAGAAAGAGAAAAGGCCUUAACGAGGCGUUUGCAUAUUUUCAUAGAAAAACCUGUGUGAGAUUUGUUCCGAGAACUAAACAAAAGGAUUACAUACGGAUACAUGACGGAUUUGGAUGUACCUCUUAUGUUGGAAAACAGUAUCGCGAACAACAACCACAACCCGUAUCUCUUGGAAAAGGAUGCCAUCGUGUAGGGACAAUAAUGCAUGAAUUGAUGCAUGCAGUUGGAUUCUAUCACGAACAUAACAGGUCUGACAGAGAUGAUUAUGUUAAGAUCCACUUGGAGAAUGUAAAAGAUCAUGAGCAACAUAACUUUCAAAAAGUAUUAAAACGAAUGGAAGUUUUGUACACUCAAUUUGAUUACGACUCCAUCAUGAUUUAUGAAAGCACGGCAUGGUCCAAAAAUGGCAACGAUACUAUUGUGCCCUUACAAGAGGGCGUGGUUCUUACAAAUGCUAAUUAUAAAACAAAGAUGGCAAAAUCUGACAUUGAAAAAAUCAACAAAAUGUACAAGUGCCAAGUUUAAAUAUUGUAUGACAUGUUAUGCCUUUUGUAAAAGAAAGACAAAAACAUAUAAAUAAAACAAUACCACAUUUCUUA